AUGUUUAUUGCUCGGUCUGAAUAUGAUCGAGGGAUCAAUACCUUCUCCCCGGAGGGACGUCUGUUCCAGGUCGAAUACUCGUUAGAAGCCAUCAAACUUGGUUCAACAGCCAUCGGAGUCGCUACAUCUCAUGGCGUUCUCCUCGGUGUCGAGAAGCGCGUCACAUCGCCCUUACUCGUGUCCUCCAGCAUAGAAAAGAUCGUUGAGAUCGACAAACACAUUGGCUGCGCCAUGUCCGGUCUCCAAGCCGACGCACGAAGUAUGAUUGAACACGCUCGGGUCGAAUCACAAAACCACGCCUUCAACUACAAUGAGAAGCUCGGAGUCGAAAGCUGUACGCAGGCUAUCUGUGAUCUUGCCCUGCGAUUCGGCGAAGGAGCUCAGGGUGAAGAAUCAAUAAUGAGUCGACCAUUUGGCGUUGCGUUGCUGAUCGCUGGUUGGGAUGAGGACAAUGGGCCACAAUUGUACCAUGCCGAACCUUCGGGGACAUUCUACCGAUACGAUGCGAAAGCAAUAGGCUCUGGGAGCGAGGGAGCCCAGGCAGAACUACAAGCCGAAUAUCACCGAUCGUUGACCCUAGAAGAGGCGGAGACACUGGUUCUCAAGACAUUGAAGCAGGUUAUGGAGGAGAAGCUGGAUUCGAAAAACGUACAGCUAGCCAGCGUCACACGCGAAGCUGGUUUCAGGAUCUACGGAGACGAAGAGAUGAGCACCGUGGUUGCAAGAUUGGAGGGCGAUUAG